AUGGUCCGCCUCAAGCACCGGUAUCUACUGGUGAACAUAUUGUAUCCAGAAUUAGAAAAGAACCAAUCGAAGUCAAAGGUUCCAGAUGUAGUGGUCUUCAAUCAGCCGACCUCGAGCAGCCUCACCAAUCAAGUGCUGCUGAGGGGUCUGCGAGCAGCAAUAUCUAGCUUAUUUGGGGACUACGGAUCUGGUGCUGUGUCUGAAUCUCUUAACGGUAAUGUUAAAUACUUGUCUCCUGCGACUUCGACAUUUAUCCUUCGAGUGGCGCGCGCCCAUUACCGAAUCGUCUGGGCUGCGUUGACGCUCAUGAAUUCUGUACCGAUCCAGGAUGGAAAGAAGUGCGUAUUUAGGGUUGUGAGGGUCAGUGGGACAAUCAGGAAAGCCGAAGAGGAGGCAAUUCGAAGGGCAAGAGAAUUGAUCCUGAAAGCACAACGGGAGGCCGAGGACAAAGGAGAAACGGCAUUACAGGGAAUAUUCGGCGCACAGGUUGAUGAGGACUCUUCGAAAGAUAUCCUCAUGGUGGACAGAUCCGAUAGUGAAGGCGACAAUGAUUCGGAUGUAGGAUGA